CUCUAGAUGUUACGGCCAAAAAUUCAAAAGAGCCGCGUGAGAGAGGCGAACUAUUCUAGGAAUUAAGAUAUUUCGUCGUUAUUUCAUUCCAUUAUAUCAUAACAUCUCUGUAAUAUUUUCUCUUGACAUUUUCACAUCUAUUUCAAGCCUCAAGGGUUAGGGUUUGUUUUUUGUGAAGAUGGGGCAGCAGUCUUUGAUCUACAGCUUCGUUGCUCGAGGUACGGUGGUCCUCGCUGAGUACACGGAGUUCACCGGAAAUUUCACCAGCAUCGCUUCUCAAUGCCUACAGAAGCUUCCGGCUUCCAACAACAAGUUUACCUACAAUUGCGAUGGCCACACCUUCAAUUACCUCGUCGAAAAUGGCUUCACCUAUUGUGUAGUUGCAGCUGAAUCUGCUGGUAGACAAAUUCCCAUUGCUUUUUUGGAAAGAAUUAAGGAGGAUUUUAACAAAAGAUAUGGUGGAGGAAAAGCAGCCACUGCUGUUGCUCAUGGCCUCAACAAGGAGUUUGGAUCCAAAUUAAAGGAACACAUGCAAUAUUGUGUGGACCAUCCUGAAGAGAUCAGCAAGCUUUCUAAAGUUAAAGCUCAGGUGUCUGAAGUUAAGGGUGUCAUGAUGGAAAAUAUUGAGAAGGUUCUUGACCGUGGUGAGAAGAUUGAGUUGCUGGUGGAUAAAACUGAGAACCUCCGCUCCCAGGCUCAAGAUUUCAGGCAACAAGGGACUAAGAUGAGAAGAAGGAUGUGGCUCCAGAACAUGAAGAUAAAAUUGAUUGUUUUGGGUAUAAUCAUUGCCUUGAUUCUCAUUAUCAUAUUGUCUGUUUGUCAUGGCUUCCAUUGUUAAAUGGCCUAGAGGUAUCCCUGGAUACUCUUCUUCUGCUGCUACGGCAUACUGCAUCUGAAGCCUCCACGCUGCUGCUCUCAACAGCAUCGUUUUUCGUCACUUUUCGGGGGUCUUUACUGUUUAGAUUAACCAUUCCCUACUGAUAGCCUUUAGGAUUUGGGAGCUUUUGUAUUUUGGAUUGGUUGUAUAGUUCAAUGUGCUUUUACCUGUUCUAGGUAGAUGGUCUCUGCAUGUAAUUGAGGAAUAUUUGGAGCAUGUCCUUUUGAAAUUCUUAUGUCUAUUUCAUUUAUUUUGAUCUAUUACCCGUUAUUUUGUAUUAUUAUUGUUUUCUUUUUGGGGUGUUCUUACUCAAUGUCAGCUCUUUGGUAAUAUGAAUUUUUUCAUGGCACGUUUUACUUA